AUGAUGCUACCAGCUGUGGUAAAGUGUAGAGGAAGCAUCUUGCAUAGAACUAUCUUGGUACUGCUUUUCUUCAACUUACUGGUUUUGUGCUUGUUUUGUGAUACUUGCAAGAAAGUGACAUUUAAUGUCCCUCAUAAACUGGAGGCGGGGAUGUUUGUUGGAAGAGUAAACAUGAAACCGUGUUUUACACAUUCUGGAAUUAUUCACUCAAGCAACCCCAACUUUACAAUUCUAGAAGAUGGUUCAUUAUAUACAACAGCUGAUAUUUUCUUGUCUUUUCAAGAAAACACCAUCAUCGUAUUAUUUAAAGACAUUCAUGCACAAAAGAAGAUAUACAUUAGUUUGAUAACUUAUCCAAACCAGAACCAAAGAGCAAAGGCAAGACAUGCACGAGACACUGUUCUUAGACGAACUAAAAGAAGAUGGGAUCCUGUUCCAACCAGUAUAAUGGAAAACUCAUUAGGACCUUUUCCAAUGCAAAUUCAACAGUUCUCUUCUGACAUGGACCUAAAAUACAAUAUUAGAUAUUCCAUAAGUGGCCACGGUGUUGACAAACCACCACUAAAUUACUUUUACAUUGAGCAAGAAACUGGAAACCUCUUUGUUACCAGACCUAUAGAUCGGGAGAUGUACCCAGAAUUUAAGCUCAUUUGCUAUGCAGUGGCGCUAGAUGGUUAUACCCCAGAAAUUCCACUUGAACAUAUGAUCAGAAUAGAGGAUGAUAAUGAUAAUGCUCCAGUUUUUGACCGUGAUAUUUAUAUUUUUCAUAUUCUUGAAAACAGUAGAAUUGGGACAACAGUUGGGCAAGUGACUGCAACAGAUAAUGAUGAGCCAUACACCUUACAUACUAAAGUGAAAUACAAACUCGUGCCCCAGAAUCUUCAAAAUUACCAGAAUCCGUGGGCAUUUGUUAUACACCCUGAUUCAGGCUUUAUUACUGUAGCAUCACCAGAUCUGGACAGAGAGACAAUAUCAGAGUAUAAAGUUCACAUAGAAGCAAGAGAUAUGGGAGGCCAGGAAUUCGGUUUGUGCACCACAGCAGAAGUGUUCAUUGGGAUUGAAGAUGUAAAUGACAAUGCUCCAGAAUUAAUGCAAACUAUGUAUGAAGUGCAAUUAUAUGAAAAUACAGUAAAUGGAGAAAUAUUAUGCAUCCCUGUGAUUGAUGAUGAUGAACCUGAAACAGCCUCGUGGUUGGCUACAUUCACUAUUAUAAAAGGAAAUGAAGAUAAUAGUUUUUCUAUUACUAUUGAUCAAAAGAGGAAUGUUGGCUGCUUAGCUGUGUUAAAGGGACUGGACUAUGAAGAUACCAAGGAGAGAAUAUUAGAAAUUAUUGUAAAUAAUGAAGCACCUUAUGCUCCUUAUUCAAAAGCCUUUCCAACAAGGACAGCUGUUGUUGUGAUCAGAAUUAAGGAUCAGGAUGAAGCACCAGUAUUUGAGCCAUCUGAAUAUGUUCUAAACAUAAAGGAAUGUUUGCCAGGUGGAACAGUGGUUGGUAGUUACCAAGCAAGGGACCCAUUAACUGAGACAAGCGGAGGCCUAAGUUACAGAAUAAUAAACAACCCAUGUGAUUGGAUCACCAUUGAUCACAAAGGACAGCUGAGAACCACUAAAAUUUUAGACAGAGAUGCAGCAAACCUUGAAUAUACUCAGUGUAAGGUAACAGUCUCUGCAACUGAUCAGAGUGAUAGAACAGGUACUGGGGAAAUUGUGAUAAAACUAAUGGAUGAGAAUGACAAUUAUCCAGUGGUUACUAGAAAAAAGUAUAUCAUGUGUAAGGACAAGAAGCCAGUUAUUAUUACGGCCUUUGAUGCUGAUCUGCCUCCCUACACAAUACCAUUCCAUUUUGAAAUAGAGUUGCCAAUGAGCUUAACAUGGACAAUAACACAAAAUGAAGACGACUCAGCAUUGCUUUCACCAGUGGAAGAAAUAGUCUAUGGCUCUUAUACAAUUAAUGUGAAGAUAUCGGAUAAUGCCGGUCACAGUGGAACAAGUGAAAUAAUAGUGCAGUAUUGCAACUGUGUGAUUCCAAGUGAAUGUUUUGAACCCAGACCAGUAGGCAUGGGUACAUUCCUAGGCUUUUGGAUCCAUAGAAAAGGUCUUAUGGCUCGAGAAGUGUGUGACAAUGUAGCUUUCCAGAACUUAAUGGUAUCAAACAUUGAAGCACCAGGUGAAGAACUCAUGAACCUUCACAUUAAAACAAUGAAUGCAUCCAUGAGCAUGAGCACACUUGAAGAGAAAACUGGAAAGAAGGAAAGCUUGGAACUUGUCAAGGGAGGAGGAAAUCAAGUGGCGGCUUCAUUAAGGGAUUCUGAACUGCUUCAGAGGAAUUUGAACAGAGAUUUCUGUUCCAAAUGGCAGAAUUUCACCAAUUCUCAUUUAGCUGAACUGGUGUUUCAAUGUGAACAGGAUGAAGACCAUAAACAUGAUGGAGAAUAUGUACAUCGAUAUAAAUAUGAAGGAAAAGAAUCACCAGUUGGUUCCCUGAGCUCCUGUACUGGCCAGUCAGAUGAAGAGGAACUUGAUUUUUUAAAUCAUCCAGAGCCCCCUUUUAAGGCAUUGGUUGAAAACUUUGUAAAGAAAUGA